AUGACUGAUGUUACCCCUUCAAUAAACAAACGUGAAAGAGAGAAUAAUAACAAUAACCACGAAAACAAUAAUGCCGACCAGGAUAUUUUGAAAAAACCAAAAUUGGAUAACAAUAACAUGGAUGAUGAUAUAAAGUUUAUUAGUACUAAUCCAGAUGAUGAGCUAGAAGACAUUGUUGAUGACUAUAAAGAGAAUACCCCUGUCAAUAAUAUUUCCACCAAGGGCACUACUACCGACUCACAGGACAAUAGCAAAAAUCCCACCGUAGAAGGUGAUGCCAAUAUUCAGUACCAAUACGUCCCAAAGAAACCGGACAACCCAAUAUAUGUUCCUAAAAAUAUUCAUUCAGGAAAAUACGAACUCCCUGUGAUUAGCAAAGAGGAUUCCCUUAAUGCAAGGUCUUACUUAAAACAUUAUGGGUCUGCUGCAUUCUUAAAUGACUAUUUACCCGAUGAAUUAAACACUUUAUAUAUCUACCAACUAGUUAAGUUGCUAGGUUUUCAGGUUAAAGACAAAGAUAUCCUAGAUGCCUUAACCAAAGUUGUUGAAAAUCCGGAACAGUUAUUUAGAAAUGUAACUUCAAAAAAUAACACCACUGAUACUACCAGUGGUAAUAUACCACCAACCACUGAUGAUACUGAAAACGCUACUUCAAUUUCUGCCGAUGAAGACCAGUUUAAUGAUCCGUUAGAAAGGAAAUAUGCGGUCAAAUUAAUUAAGGACUUACAAAAAGCUAUGAAUAAAGUAUUAAGCAGCAGAAUUAAAUUGGCAAACUUUCAUACUAUUGAUGAUUUGCUAACAAAAUUGAAAACAGCUAAAAAAAUCUUGGUUUUGACUGGUGCUGGUAUUUCUACCUCCUUGGGUAUCCCGGAUUUUAGAUCCUCUGAAGGUUUUUACUCUAAAAUUAAGCAUUUGGGUUUAGAUGACCCACAAGAUGUUUUCAAUUAUGACAUUUUCACUGAAGAUCCUGCUGUUUUUUAUAACAUUGCUCAUUUAAUUUUACCGCCAGACGGCAUAUAUUCUCCAUUGCAUUCUUUUAUCAAGGCAUUACAAGAUCAUGAUAAAUUGUUACGUAAUUAUACGCAAAAUAUUGAUAAUUUGGAAUCAUUUGCUGGCAUUAAAAACGAAAAAUUAAUUCAAUGCCAUGGUUCAUUUGCUACUGCCACUUGUAGAAGUUGCAAUUGGCAAAUCCCCGGUGAAAAAAUUUUCAAAUUUAUUCGAAAUAGUGAACUACCAUUAUGUCCAUAUUGUAAUCCAAUGAGACAAAAAUAUUUCCCCACAACCAGUGCAUCUGUCAGUGCAACCAACGCACGUAAAUCUUAUCCUAAUGAUACUGUCACUACUGCUACUAUCAAUAACUUUUCCGGGAACAAUACCACAGCUGCUGCAAAUCACAACCAUAAGAGCAAUGAUAGUGAUCUUAUUAGCAAUAAUACGGGGACAUUAGCUAAUAACGAAUUCCACCAUAUACCGAAAUCAUAUGGUGUUUUAAAACCAGACAUUACGUUUUUUGGAGAGGCAUUACCGGCCAAGUUUCAUAGAUAUAUAAAAAAGGAUGUUUUUGACUGUGAUUUAUUGAUAUGUAUUGGUACUAGUUUGAAAGUUGCUCCUGUUUCUGAAAUAGUUAAUAUGAUUCCAGCCAAUACUCCACAAGUUUUGAUCAAUAGAGAUGCAGUUAAACAUGCCGAAUUUGAUUUAACGUUAUUAGGUUUAUGUGAUGAUGUUGCUGCUAUGUUAGCUCAAAGAUUACAUUGGGAUAUACCACAUGAGUUGUGGGAAAAGAAAUUAAUGAAUGAGAAAUUUGAUGUAGUUGAAUUAGAUAGAGGUGUAUAUAAAGUAUCUGAACAUAAAGAGGACAAGAAGGAAAGUGUAUAA